ACAGUUCCUGUGGAGCUUCCGGCUGCCUGGCGAGGCCCAGAAGAUCGACCGCAUGAUGGAGGCUUUCGCCCAGAGAUACUGCCAGUGCAACCCUGGCGUAUUCCAGUCCACAGACACCUGUUACAUCCUGUCGUUUGCCAUCAUCAUGCUGAACACCAGCCUCCACAACCCCAACGUGAAGGACAAGCCGGCGGUGGAGCGCUUCAUCUCCAUGAACAGAGGAAUCAACGAUGGAGGAGACCUUCCAGAGAACCUGUAUGACAGCAUCAAGAACGAGCCCUUCAAAAUCCCUGAGGACGACGGGAACGAUCUCACACACACCUUCUUUAACCCAGACCGGGAGGGCUGGCUGCUUAAACUGGGAGGUAUGUACAUCUGCUCUUCCCAAAAACUAGUUCAUCUUCUCAGCUCUUCGGUGCUUUCGGUGGUCCGCCAUUGCUUCCGUUCUCCUUAAUUUAUUUCCGUUCUACGCUUCGAACGUUUUUUUGUUGUUAUUUGUGUAUUUUGUUGCUGUUGGGUUUCCUUGUUCCGCCAUCAUCGACUGAAUCUAGUAUUAAUUGUAUGUUUGUAUGUUUGUUGGUCUUCCAUUGAGCUGGUGGUUUGUCCACGUGCUUCUCUCUCUCUCUCUGUAUUGGUCGCCGGGCGGUUGCUAGGUGCUUUGCCUGGUUAGGCCGCUCGGGGAACAACAUGGUGGCCAUUUUGUUUUGUGCCCGCCGUAGUGAAGAGUUUGACCUCUCUGUUAUGCUGUGGUGAUUUACCUUUUCAGUCUCCGUGUUUUGGUGGGCUGCAGUAUUCCUCUUUCUAGAGAGAGCACGACAAAGGGUUUGAAGACAGUUCUACGAAUCUAAGUAGUUUUGAAUUAGCAACCAAUUAGCUACCAUUAAGGAACCUAUUGAAAAUUGACCAGCAUUUUAGAUUGUGAAUAUUAAAUCAUGUUAGAACUCUCCUUCUCAGAAGUUCUGGCUGACAAGAACAAUGUCUGCUGUUGUUAGCUCUUUAAUGGGAUCAUAUGAGGGGAAUACUGCAGCUACACCAACUGGCUCCAGCUCUGCUCUCUCCGUCAUGCUGAUAAUGGACCUGAAGGGUGAUGGUGUGGCUUUGGCCUGGGCUGGUGUGGCUUUGGUCUGGCUUUGGCCUGGUCUGGCUUUGGUCUGGCU